UUGUGCGAGAGACAAAACCCGGGCGCGCCGGAGCUCACACGCGCACGCACACACAUCCGACCCCGUCGCCUCUUCUCUCCUGGCGCUGCCCAGAAAGCCAGCCCUCCCUUCCCUUCUUGGGGCGCAGAGGCUCAGUCAGCUCAGAGCGCAGCCAGGAGCCGACCCAGAAGGGCGAAGAAAACCCGGCGGACGAGCUUCCUUUCUCUGCUGCCUGCCCGGACUGGGGCGUCCCAUCCCCCGCCCUGAACUCCGAUCUCUCCCACCCCACCCCUCUCUGGGUGUCAGCCGGACAGAGCCCGGAGCUAGGUGUCGCCCCCGUUUGGAAUCCACGUUUCAGCACUUCGGACAGCGCCCCGGGCGCCCCGGCCCCUUUGGGUUGGCGAUGGCGAGCGUUCAGCAAGGCGAGAAGCAGCUUUUUGAGAAGUUCUGGCGAGGAACCUUCAAAGCAGUAGCCACCCCCCGUCCCGAGAGCAUCAUUGUCGCCAGUAUCACGGCCCGCAAGCCGCUGCCAAGGACAGAGCCCCAGAAUAGCCCCAUUGUCCCAGCUCGGGAUGGACCCUCGGAAAAGCUGGGUCAGCAUCUGGCCACUGAGCCCUUGGGCACCAACAGCUGGGAGAGAGACAAGGCCUGUCGGGAACUGGGUGCCGCCAGAGGACACAGUGCCUCUCAUGGCAAAGACUUGACACCACCACCUUCCUCCAGGGGAAAGAAGAAAAAGAAGAAAUCCACUCGGAAGAAGAGAAGGAGGUCCUCAUCCUAUAGCCCAUCACCUGUCAAGAAAAAGAAGAAGAAAAGUUCCAAGAAACAUAAGCGACGCAGGUCUUUCUCCAAGAAGAGAAGGCACAGCUCCUCUAGUCCAAAAAGCAAAAGAAGAGAUGAGAAGAGGCACAAGAAACAAUCUCGAAGCCGGCCCCGAAAGUCUCACCGCCACCGCCACCACCGCUGCCCCUCGCGGUCCCAGAGCUCGGAGUCCCGCCCCUCAAGCUGUGAGAGCAGGCACCGCGGCCGGUCCCCUGAGGAAGGGCAGAAGUCCCGCCGAAGGCACUCCCGCCACUGCUCCAAGACCCUCUGCAAGGACAGCCCUGAGGCCCAGUCCAGUCGCCCGCCCAAUCAACCCCUCCAGAUGCUUGGCUACCUGUCAGCCAGGGGUGUAAUCACUGGGUCGGGGUCUGCUGCUGACCUCUUUACCAAAACAGCCAGCCCGCUCACCACCUCGCGAGGACGUUCCCAGGAGUACGACUCAGGCAAUGACACGUCCUCGCCACCCUCCACGCAAACCAGCUCAGCCAGGUCUCGGGGCCAGGAGAAGGGGAGCCCCAGCGGGGGCUUGAGCAAGAUUCGGGAGCUCAACAGUGGCAACACCUCUGAUUCAGGGAACUCCUUCACCACCUCCUCACCCCAGAACAAGGGGGCCAUGUUGGAGAAUCUCUCCCCAACCAGCAGGGGCAGAGAGUCAAGGGGAUUUCAGUCACCAUGUCUGGAAUGUGCCGAGGUGAAGAAGUCCAGUUUGGUCCCAUCCACAGCCCGGGGUUCACCCAUGAAAGGGUGCUCCCGCAGCUCCUCCUAUGCCAGCACCCAAUCCUCCAGUCACUCGUCCCGAUCCCCAAAUCCCAGGGCUUCCCCCAGGUACACCCAAAGCCGAUCCACCUCUUCUGAAAAAAGGUCCUACUCCCGUUCUCCCAGCUAUUCCUCCAAGUCUGGCAAGAGGAGCCCGCCCAGCAGAAGCUCUCGGUCCCGCCGCAGCCCCAGCUACUCCCGCUACAGCCCCAGCAGGGAGCGGGAUCCCAAAUACAGUGAGAAGGACUCGCAGCAGCGGGAGCGCGAGCGAGCGCGUCGGAGACGUCGGUCCUACUCGCCCAUGAGGAAGCGCCGGAGAGACUCUCCGAGCCACCUGGAGGCCCGGAGGAUAACUAGUGCCCGGAAACGCCCCAUCCCCUACUAUCGGCCCAGCCCCUCUUCGUCCGGCAGCCUCAGCAGCACCUCCUCCUGGUACAGCAGCAGCAGUAGCCGCUCAGCCAGCCGCAGCUACUCCCGGAGCCGGAGUCGGAGCCGGAGCCGGACCCGGACCCGGACCCGGACCCGGAGCCGGACCCGCACGACCAGCAGCUCUAGCUCCCGCAGCCCUAGCCUGGGCUCCCGCAGUCGGAGCCGGAACAGGAGCAGGAGCCGGAGCCGGAGCAGGAGCCGGAGCCGGAGCUACAGCUCAGCAGACAGCUACUCCAGCACGAGGCGCUAAGUGCCCCUGAGCCAGCUGCCCUUGGGGGCCCCUUCACGCUGCCAGCCUCCCCCAACCACCUGCCCUCACCGCCUUCUCCUUGGUGACAGAUAGUGAGGGCUCCUAUACUUUGUCCUUCCUGCUUGCCUAGGGGAAGAGGAGAAGAGGGUACUCGGGGGUUUCACUCUCUAGAUCAACCUGCUAGGAGCCUCUACCAGCACCACCCUGGGGCCCAGCUCAGGCCUGGGCAUAUGGAGAGAACCAUCAUCUUGUGGCACAAAAAAAGAAAAAAGGAAAGAAAACCUCAAGGUUUUGUAAGAAGCAAUGGGUCUGUGACUCAAAAAUUGAGCUCUGGCCAGGAAAAUGUAGAGACAGUUCUUCUCCUCCACUGCUCACAGGAGGCCCGUGGUAAUUCUCUUCACCUCGCCGGAUGCUCCCCUCCUCCAACCUCAUGGCUGCACGUGGAUGGACCCCCAUGUCGGGGAGAGGUGAAGGAGGAGAUCAAUGGCAGUUCAGGUUCAAGAUAAGGGGGUCAGGCCUUUAACUUCCUCAAACAGGCCAGAGCAAAGGCUGGAAGACACUUGGGUCCUAGAAGAAGGGAUAUCCUUGAACACCACACAUGGACAUUUGACUUGGUGGGAGGUGUCAGGAGAUAGGAGAUGGUUAAGAUGAUAGAUAGCAAAAAGGAAGGGGUCAGUCUGCUGCUCCCAAUAUCUCAGCAUGGUAAGGGGACAGAGCCCAGCAGAUCCCAGCUGUGGAGAGGCCACUGCAUGGCUGACACAAAACACCUCUUGGCUGUUCACAGGGGCCCUGCAACCUCACAAGAAAGGAGAUAGUGGAAGAGUCAGGACAGGUUGGUCUCCAGCCCCACUUCCCAAAUAUGCCUCAGCCCCACUAGCUGGCACCAACUUAAUUCCACGGGACCAUCUGCUGAACAUUCCCCAGUGCCAUGGCCGGUUGCCAGGCCCCAGCGCCAGCCAGUCUGGCCUUACCCUCGGGUUGGCGCCUGCCAGCCCCCUCCCCUCUGCCCAGGCUGCCACGCCCUGGAUGCCACCCAGUGCAGCCUGGCACCUACCCACCCACCCUUCAGCUUAAGCCACUCCCCUUGCCUCUCAGGAAUUUUGCCAGGAUGGGGCACAGCGGCUCAGGUUUGGGGGAAAAGACCCGAAUCCAGGGUGCCGGGGAGAGAGGCUUGGAUGUGCCAUGUCUUGGGCUCCUGCUGGCUUCUAAGGUUUCUUGUCAGCUUGGGAAAGACCCACCUUUAUUUCUGCCUUCACCCCAAGUCCCCCGUGGCUGGGACUGGGCAGAGAGGGUAAGCUGAUCUCCGAUACACAAAUACCACCAGCUGCUUCAUCCACAGAAGGCGCUAAGAACAGGGAGGUGAGGAAUAAGAUCCUUAAAAUAAACUCUUGGGCAUCCCCCUCACCAGCUGACUGGCUUUCCGGAGGCUUGUGGGUGAGUUUCAAGUUUGUGGUGGCAACAGCAGCGGGACAGGGCAUGGAGGGAGUGAGGGAGAGAGGACCAGUCCCAGCUUUUGGAUAUUUUGGGUUAUGGGGAAGCAGGGGCCAAACAUUCUUUAUCCCUCCCACCCCAGGGAAAACAUUUGGAAAAUAGUCCUUUUUCUUGGAAGCAGUGACAUCUCCUCUACCCAAUCUUUCCCAUCCUAUUAAUCCAUGGGGCUUGAGACUGCCAGGCAGCCACCACCACGACAGCCCUUCCUCCAUCAGAAGAGAGGAGCGAGGGCCCCAGGCAGCGGUGGACGACCCGGCCUCCCUAUACCAGGCCUCUGGCCGAGACCUAAGCCCCGCCCACAAAGACUAAUGGAUGCCAGUGCUGUCACCACAGAAGGCCAGAUGGCAGGUGCCUGAGACAGGGGCAGGUGCCCCAGGGAGGGCAUGUACAGCCACUGUAAAUAACCCUCAUCCCUGCCCAGGAACCCAGACUGGACUUCAGUCUCCCUCCAUGGAGACAAAGGUUUCCCAGAGCCACCAAAAAUCUUAGCAGGACAGCUGUGAGAGGCAUCAGAGCCUCGUGUUCGGACUGCCUUCAUCGAGACAACUCUAGGGGACCAUUUUGCCUGGGGCUCCUAGCAAACCUUUUUUAUUUAUUUAUUUAUCUGUUUAUUUAUUUAUUUAUGUGAUGACUGUCUCUCUUGCCAUUAGCAGUAUUGAAUUAUUUAUUUAUUUAUACAGAGGUGUGUGUGUGUGUGUGUGUGUGUGUGUGUGUGUGUGUUGGGGGGAUCUCCUAAAUUAUUUUUGUGCAUCUCCCUUUUCUGCUGUUUUUAUUGAUGGGAUUUGAGAGGCCAAAGGUGAGUGGGCUAUUGGCUUUCUCCCUGAAGGCUCUAAGCCUGGAACACCGUGGAGUUGGCCCAGAAGGAGGCACAUCAGUCCCAAAAUUCAUCACUUAACCCAGCGUCCAGGAGGGUCAGGCAUGUGCCCCAGCCUCCUGUCCCCCAGGUACCUCACAGGGGUAUCAAAAAGAUGCAAACAGCCCAGAGGCUUAUGAGCUAGGGUGAUGAAUUGACACAGUGGAAUUGCAACUUAGGUAGGGGUUGGAGUCGAAAGUUGGCAAAUGGGGCCAAGGCUGCACAAAGUCGAAAUCCCUUGUGAACGUCCCUUAGGGAGGCACCAGAUUGGAGACAGAUGUGCUAUCUCCUAGCAGACUGAUGAGGCUUCGGUUGAGUACUUACUCAAGUAGUUGUCUUGUAUUUUGAGGGCCAUGGUGGAUAAAAAUGACAUCUGGUUUAUUACUGGAAUGGCACUUGGGGUUGACAAGGUGCUCACACCAUGAGACUGGAGGCAGAAAUAGAGCUGACUGAGGGAAGAUGCACCUUGAUCUCACCCUCACUCCAAGGCACAUAGCAAGAUCACUCCCCAGCUUCUCUGAGCACACCUAGUUGGUUUCAUGUAUGUUACACAUGCUUCCACUCCACAGUACCUAAUUUCUCUGCAUUCCCCUGAGAUCUGAAGGCUACCUUGGGAAGAGGCGUCAGCCAUCUUGCUUGAGAACCACCAACCCAAAAGCAAAAGCCUUUAUCUAUGAUAUCUGCUGUUCCAUCAGGGGAAAGCACAAAGCUAUUUCUAAAAGUAG